UCGGGCGACAACAAAACACAUCAUCCGUGCGCCGGAAGUAGUUUCUGUACAGGACGACAGGAAUCUGGCUGAUUCAUUGUUGGUUUGACUUGACUGAAGAAAGAAACACAGACUUUUCUAAAAACCCGAAAUAUCUGACAACAGAUUUCGAUAUGGACCGGCUGCUGAGGCUCGGAGGGGGAAUGCCAGGGCUUGGCCAGGGCCCCCCAACAGAUGCCCCUGCUGUGGACACGGCAGAGCAGGUUUACAUCUCCUCUCUGGCUCUCCUCAAGAUGUUGAAGCAUGGACGUGCUGGUGUACCGAUGGAGGUCAUGGGACUGAUGCUGGGAGAAUUUGUGGAUGACUACACAGUGCGAGUGAUCGAUGUGUUUGCCAUGCCCCAAUCAGGAACAGGUGUGAGUGUUGAAGCAGUGGACCCGGUGUUCCAAGCCAAGAUGUUGGACAUGCUGAAGCAGACUGGAAGACCAGAGAUGGUGGUGGGAUGGUACCACAGUCACCCUGGGUUCGGCUGCUGGUUGUCCGGCGUGGACAUCAACACACAGCAGAGCUUUGAGGCCCUGUCAGAGCGCGCCGUCGCUGUGGUGGUUGACCCCAUUCAGAGCGUCAAGGGAAAGGUUGUUAUUGAUGCCUUCAGAUUGAUCAAUGCCAACAUGAUGGUGUUGGGUCAUGAACCAAGACAAACAACAUCCAACCUGGGUCAUCUGAACAAGCCCUCAAUCCAGGCUCUGAUUCAUGGACUGAACAGACACUACUACUCCAUCACCAUCAAUUACAGGAAAAAUGAGCUGGAGCAGAAGAUGCUGCUGAACCUGCAUAAGAAGAGCUGGAUGGAGGGCCUGACCCUGCAGGACUACAGCGAGCACUGCAAGCUCAACGAGACCAUCGUCAAGGAAAUGCUGGAGCUGGCUAAGAACUACAAUAAGGCCGUUGAAGAGGAGGACAAAAUGACCCCAGAGCAGCUGGCUAUCAAGAAUGUUGGAAAACAGGAUCCCAAGAGGCACUUGGAGGAGCACGUAGACGUUUUAAUGACUUCCAACAUCGUUCAGUGCCUAGCUGCCAUGUUGGAUACCGUAGUUUUCCAGUAACGGGCCUGUGUGUAUAACUGUUAAUAUUGCAACCCUUGUUUUCUUUUAUAUAAAAUAAAUGUAUGAUUGAAAUGAA